AGGACAAUGCAGGGCGGCGGCGGUGACGAGGAGGAUGCCCUCGCCGGGCGGCGGCCUCCGCGCGGUGGUGGCGACGACGAGAAAAUGGAGAUCGGGUGGCCGACGGACGUCCGGCACGUGGCGCACGUGACGUUCGACCGGUUCCACGGCUUCCGCGGCGUGCCCGAGGAGCUACUGCAGCAGCAGGCGGCGGCGGCGGUGGUGGUGGACGUCGUGGACGGCAUCGUCCGGGCGCCCAGCGCCAGCAAGACGGUGUUCGGCGUGUCCACGGAGUCGAUGCAGUGCUCCUACGACGGGCGGGGCAACAGCGUCCCCACCGUGCUCCUCCACCUGCAGCGCCGCCUCGUCGACCAGGGCGGCCUCAGGGCGGAGGGCAUCUUCAGGGUGGCCGCCGACGGCGCCCAGGAGCAGUACGCCAGGGACCAGCUCAACAACUCGGGCGUCGUGCCAGACGGCGUGGACGUGCACUGCAUCGCAGGCCUCAUCAAGGCGUGGUUCCGUGAGCUCCCUGGCGGGCUGCUGGACGCGCUGCCGGCGGAUGAGGUGACGCGGUGCCAGACGGAGGAGGACUGCGCGCGGCUCUGCGGCGCCAGGCUGCCGGCGCCCAGGGCGGCGCUGCUGGACUGGGCGGUGAACCUGAUGGCGGACGUGGCGCGGGAGGAGAAGGCUAACAAGAUGGGCACGCGCAACGUGGCCAUGGUGUUCGCGCCCAACAUGACGCGCGCCGACGACCCGCUCACGGCGCUCGCGCACGCCGUGCAGCUCAUGAACUUCCUCAACAUGCUCGUCGAGAGGGCGCUCAAGCACGAGCACCACCGGCUGGCCUCGUCUUCUUCCUCCUCCUCUGCACGAGCACCGACUCGGCCACAUUCAGAGUCAGAGAUGCGCAGUAGCCAUGACGAUGCCGACCGAUCGCCGGAUCUGAUUAAGUAGCAAUGCAAGGUCGUUGUACUGAAAUUUAGUGUAGGAGUAGAGAGUGUUUUGAUUUAAUCUUCGUGUGUUUGUUGAUUGAUUGAUUGAUUAAUUCCAGCAAAUUAAAC